CUUAGGUUUAUUCUGUUCUACCUUUAUGAGCUUGAGCACCGAAUGUGUAGUUUUUUCAGCUGCAUUGCCUCCUAUAUAAUAAGUUACACUUGUCACCAGUGAGUCCUCAGUACAGCAAUGGCGCGUCUACUUUGUGCUAUCGUGUUCCUCAUCACAUUUAACAUUGUGACGAGUGAGAUAAAAAAUGUGGGGUGGUGGAAAAACGCGGUGUUUUAUCAAAUAUACCCCCGGAGUUUUCAGGAUGAUAAUAACGAUGGCAUUGGUGACCUCAAGGGAAUCACCAAAAGACUAGAGCACUUCAAGGAGACGGGAAUCGAUGCUGUAUGGCUGUCACCGAUUUAUGCUAGUCCUAUGGUCGAUUUCGGUUAUGAUAUCUCCGAUUUUCGAAAAAUUCAUCCCGACUACGGAACUGAUGAGGAUUUUACGCAAUUGAUAGCAAAAGCUCGAGAACUAGGAAUCAAAGUAAUUAUGGAUUUAGUACCCAAUCACACAUCUGACGAACACGAAUGGUUCCAAAAAAGUGUUGCUGGGGAUGCAGCUUACAAAGAUUACUAUGUAUGGCAUGACAAACCUACUAACGGCAAACCUAUAAAUAAUUGGAUCAGUGUUUUUGGAGGAUCAGCUUGGAAUUGUACAAAUGCCCGAGCACAAUGUUACUUCCAUCAAUUUCAUUACAAACAGCCAGACCUGAAUUUCCGAAGUGAUAAAGUCAAGAAGGAAAUGGAGGACAUUAUCAAGUUCUGGUUGGGCAGAGGGAUAGAUGGCUUUCGUGUUGACGCAAUCCCUCAUCUAUUCGAGGUCGAAAAUCUUCAAGAUGAACCCAGAACGAAUCUUCCCGGUGUAGUUGACGGAGAAUAUGCUUACUUGGAUCAUUUUUACACGAAAGAUCAGCCCGAAACUUAUGAAGUAGUCAAGUCCUGGAGGAAAAUCAUGGAUGAUUAUGCGAAUGCUACCAAUACUGAAGAAAAGGUCAUGACGGUCGAAGCAUACACAUUUCUGAAUAAUACUGUGAAGUAUUAUGACGCCGGCUGCCAGAUCCCAUUCAACUUCUACUUCAUAACUGACGUGAAUCGCAACUCUGGGCCAGAUCAAUUCAAGAAGGUUAUUGAUAUGUGGCUCGCUGAAACGGCAAAAAGACCAGGGACUAUUGCUAACUGGGUGUUGGGUAAUCAUGACGGAUCAAGAACCGCAAGCAGAUAUCCCGGCCGCGGAGACCAGAUGACAAUGCUUACAAUGAUCUUGCCAGGAGUUGCAGUGACAUACAACGGCGAAGAAAUUGGAAUGGUUGAUAAAACUGAUAUCAGUUAUGAAGACACACAGGAUCCUGCCGGUUGCAAUGCUGGACCUGCUAAGUACACGGAGAAAUCACGAGAUCCCGUCCGAACUCCAAUGCAGUGGGAUGACAGCACAAACGCUGGAUUCAAUGAAGGAGGUAAACCAUGGCUUCCUGUGAACGAGAAUUUCAUAGAUUUGAACUUGGCCGCUCAAAAGGCUGCAAAAGCUUCCCAUUAUAAAAUUUAUCAGAAGCUGAUUCAUUUGAGAAAAACGAAACCGGCACUUUUGUCAGGAAAAUUGCAGACUUUCGUGUCAACUGACAAAAAAUCUCUGACGAUCGUGAGAUCUACAAAUACAGAUAGUGUUAUUCUGGUCAUUAACUUCUCUGACACGGAAACUGUCACUGUUAAUGUGGUUAGCCAAGUACCGUCACUUGCGGCUGGAGGAUUAGUUGAAGUUGCAACGCUGGAUUCACCCAUCAAGGAGGGCUCAAGUGUGAAUCUGAAGAAGCUGGCAAUCGCACCUAAACAAUCAUUAGUUGUCUCCGCAAAGAUAAAGAAAUAAGAUUAGAUGAAAAUGAAGGGUAACAGAAGCUAAUUAUCCUACAAGGACUAUAGUAGACACCGUUGGAACCGUCUUUGUAUAUCUUAUUCCACACAUGAAAAUAAUUUGUCAUGUUUUGUCAAAUAUAUCGCUAUUAAAUUCCAAUUAAUUCUAUCAAUUAUUAUAAAUCCCAAUUAUCUGAACAAUGUAAAACGAAUUAAACGAAUUGCUCUGUGAAUAGUCA